UCAACUAUAAAAUAAUUCAUUGAAUGCAAGCACUUACCACAUUGAGAAGAACUUAAUUUCCAAUCCAGUUGAACGAUAGAAGAGCAAUUUGGUUUAUGAAAAUGCAGAUUCCAGUCCUUGUAAUUUCAUGGCUGCUCACUAUAUGCAGUUGCCUUCAACUGUACUGUUCCGACGCAGCAACACCUGUGUCUGGAUACCCAUAUCCAUUUAUGACAGUGGAUGCUGACAAGGUAGCUGCAAGAACAUAUGAUUACAUUAUUGUGGGAGGAGGCACAUCAGCAUGUCCCUUGGCAGCAACCCUGUCACAGAACUUCUCUGUGUUGGUAUUGGAGAGAGGAGGAUCUCCUUAUGGAAAUCCUGAAAUUGAGGACACCACAUUAUUUGGUAAGGCGUUGGGAGAAACCAACAAGUACACAUCUAUAGCUCAGGGGUUUGUUACAGAAGAUGGAUUGCAGUUGCACAGAGCAAGAGUUUUGGGAGGGGGAACUGCUCUGAAUGCUGGUUUCUACAGCAGGGCGAGCUUGCAGUACAUUCGAAGCAUGAGAUGGAAUGAGAGGCUUGUCAAUAGGUCAUAUGAGUGGGUGGAGAAUCAGAAUGCCUUCCGACCAAAGAAGCUUUCUCAUUGGUCUUCCUCUUUUGCAAGUGCCCUUUUGGAAGCUGGAGUAUUGCCUUUCAAUGGGUAUACCGUGAAUCAUGUGGAGGGCACCAAGAUCAGUGCAUCCACGUAUGAUAACAAUAAUAAGAGACAUACGGCUGCAGAUCUUCUUAAGCAAGCAAACCCACGAAACAUCGUUGUUCUUCUCAAUGCUACAGUCAGCAGAAUCCUCUUUAGCACUGAAUUAGGAAAACCGAAGGCUCAAGGGGUCGAAUUCAUAAACUCGGUUACUGGUGAUAAAUCUCAUCAAGUUCUAUUGAAUAAAGAUUCAUGUCACAGCGAGGUAAUUGUGUCAGCAGGAAGCAUAGGCAGCCCUCAAGUUCUCAUGUUGAGUGGAAUUGGUCCUUCCCAACAUCUCAAGAAAUUUAAUAUCCCUGUCCUUGUAGAUCUACCCUCAGUUGGGCAAGGGGCCCAAGAUAGUCCUCGAGCAACCGUGAUAGUUGAAUCACCAAUACCCCUUGAAAUCUGCAGCAUACAGGUGGCAGCCAUACUUCACCAGUCCAAACUUUACAUUGAGUCCGCCAGUUCUGUGUCACAGGUUCCCUCAAGUGCAGGGGGAACAAGGACCCAAUAUCUUGGGCUAAUUUUUGCCAAAAUAGCAUUUCCCAUGUCAAGGGGACAGAUCCAACUAACAAGUACAGAUCCCAGAGAUAAUCCCUCAGUUAGUUACAACUACUAUUCCCACCCUCUGGAUAUGGGAACUUGCAUGGAGGGUGUGAAGCAGAUGGCCAAGAUUAGUAAAACCCUUUCUAUUCAGCAGUUCACAUUUAGGAACAAGUCUAGUGGAAAAAGUGAGCUUCGAUUCAUUGGGCAGGCAUUGCCCGAAUCUACAUCGGAUCAAGAAUCUAUACUCAAGUUUUGCAAAGCUACACUAAACACAAUGUGGCAUUUCCAUGGAGGGUGUCAUGUUGGUUUUGUGAUUGAUCGAAGGUAUAAAGUAAAAGGGGUUCGUGGUCUCAGGAUUGUGGAUGGUUCCACUUUCAAGGAUGGCCCUGGAACCAAUCCACAGGCAACUACCCUGAUGCUUGGCAGGUACAUGGGAAUGAGUAUUCUUAAAGAGCGUCUCAGACAGAACCGUAGCCAAGUCUUAGAAGAAAGCAAGAACAAGGAGGCUUUUACUGAUAUGAGUAUCAUUGGUGCCUUCCAUUAUAAGUAAGAUAAACGUGUUUAUGGAUUACGUUAUUUUGGCUGGCAUUGGAACAGUGAAGUCUGUGGCAAAUAAAAUGGCGAUAUCCUUGUAUUAUGAGUAAUGAAGAUUUCCCCUGCAAGGAAAAUUGGAAGAACUUUUUCAACAAAAGUAAUUGUGGCGUGCAAUUGUGUUUGUAGAGGAAUGUAAGAAAAAAAUGGUGUUAAUUGUGAAUCUUGUUAUUUGUACAUUAGAUUUUAUCUAUAAAUGUCAUUUAUCUUAUUGUAA